GAAACCCCCGAAAGAAAACAAAGGGCAAAAAGAAACUGCGCCACUCGCAUCAAUCAAUCAUCUCCCCUUAGAGAGAGAUAGAGAAGAGAAAAAAGAGAGAGAGAGCCACAAAGAGAAGAAAAGAGAGAGAUCUGAGAAAAUUUUCUGUGUAGAGAAAGAAGAUGGGGAAAGAUUUGAGUGAAGAUCAAGUAGCUUCAAUGAAAGAAGCAUUUACCUUAUUCGAUACAGAUGGUGAUGGUAAAAUAGCAGCAUCAGAAUUAGGGAUCUUAAUGAGAUCUCUUGGUGGUAAUCCAACACAAGCACAAUUAAAAGAUAUUGUACAUCAAGAAAAUCUAACAACACCUUUUGAUUUCCCUAGGUUUCUUGAUCUUAUGUCUAAACAUAUGAAACCUGAACCAUUUGAUCGUCAACUUCGUGAUGCUUUUAAAGUACUUGAUAAAGAUUCUACUGGUUUUGUUGCUGUUUCUGAUCUGCGUCAUGUGCUAACUAGUAUUGGUGAGAAACUUGAGGCUGCUGAGUUUGAUGAAUGGAUCCGUGAAGUUGAUGUUGGAUCUGAUGGUCGUAUUCGUUAUGAUGAUUUCAUUCUCAGAAUGGUUGCCAAGUAAUUUUGAAUCUGUAAACAAAUCCCUUAUCUCUCUCUAAUUUUAUCUGCAUUUUUAUCAUUUUUGGGAAAUUUAGGGUUUGUUGUUUUAUAUUCCUGAAACUCUGAAACUAACCUUUCAAAGUCUUAUAUCUCUACUCUUGUGUUUAGGGUUUGCUUGUGUGCAUAAGGGUAUAUGUAAUGUGUUUGUUUAUGUUGUUCUCUGUGAAACAAUUUCUUAAUGUAAUUUGGCUUUUGCCUUUCCAUAAUGUUUGUUUGGAUACAUUUCA